CACAACAGACAGUUACCGGCGCGCCGCGUCGCUACCUGCGCGUUCUUAAUUCAAACUUUAGUAAAUUGUCACUGUUAUUCAAGAAACUUAGCUGCUAUUUAUAUUGUAGUGAAUAUUAGCUGUGACAAUGCAGUGUUAAAGACAGAGUGGCACUUAUAUAUAAGUAGUGUUAAGUGUGUGCUUACGCGCUGCUUAAGAAUACAGUUACCCUAGGUGUUCAGAAGUCACAGUUUCGAUACUUUCGACCUAAUAAAGAAUAGCUGCCAUUCUUAGUGCAACGUGAAUGGUAGUGAGUGAUAAGUGUGCAAAGUUUUAGUGUUUUUGUGUGUGAAAUAAGCGACUGCGUGGAUUGCAGACGUUUAGGAAUGCACUGUUAGAGCAGAAAAAGGCGCCGCUGACAGCAUGCAGAAUGCAACAGACACCACGCCACCAUCAGGCGUGGUGGAACUGCGCGAAGAUAUCCCACUAAAAGCGGGUGCCAGCAGCGGUGAAAGCUGUGGCACUCCACGCCUCAUCGCUGGAUGCUUCGCUGCCCUGUCCGCGGCUGUGACGAUAGCCCUGCUUACGCAGAUAUACUAUGGCGACUAUCAGUUGGUGCCCCACGGCUCCGUGUCAAGCGCAGCAGAAGCUUGCUCUUCAGCCGGCACGGGGGCUCUCAAAGCCGGUGGACGAGCGAUGGACGCCGCUGCCGCCGCUGCAUUAUGCCUAGCGUUGCUCGCGCCGCACCGCACUAGCAUUGACGCGAGCGGAAGCCUCCUCUACUGGGAGUACCACAACCGCACCGCGCGCGAUGAAGGCCCCACGCUCAUGGAGUGGGGAGGACCGGACCAGGGGAGCGUGCCGCGGCUACUGGUAGCGCUGGCGCAGCUGCAUGCGCGGUAUGGAGCGUUGCCUUGGAGCCAGGUGCUACAACCGACCAUAGACCUCGCCAGAUACCGCACCGCGCGCGAUGAAGGCCCCACGCUCAUGGAGUGGGGAGGAGCGGACCAGGGGAGCGUGCCGCGGCUACUGGUAGCGCUGGCGCAGCUGCAUGCGCGGUAUGGGGCGUUGCCUUGGAGCCAGGUGCUACAACCGACCAUAGACCUCGCCAGGUUCAACGGUGUUAGAGAGGGAGGGAGUGAACUAGAGUGGAGCGCGGCGAACGCUAGUGGCUUUAUAGUACAGCUAUAUGCGCAGCACCUUAGCCCAUUACGAGUCCGGUACAUCCCGCAGCCCGGCUACGCGGAAGCUUCCGAGCAGACCUCUCAACGUGGAACGGGGCCAGAGUAUCUACCGCAGGUAGCGUCCCUCCAUGGCACGAGAGUGCAGCCGUCAGGUCUCUUGCCUUCAGCCGCCGAGAGGCCUGACGGCUCCAAAGUCGCGGGAAGAGAGGCGGUGCUGAGGGCGCGGCAGAUUAAAUCAUUCAGGGUUGUCAACAGAGGUGGUUACACAGUGUCAAGAGGUUUGGCGACGGCGGCGAGCGACGCCGGCCGCGCCGGUUGGCUCGUGAACACCGUGCGCGCCGACCCCGCCUACGCCGACUAUCUUGAGACGCUGCAGCGCAACACUAGUGCAGAGCUAACGGCAAUGUGGUCAAAAGACGCAAACGCGGUGCGGUUUUCGUCGGCGCUGGCCACUCCAGCUGGCGGCUGGAGAUUUUUCGUCGGCGGCGUUGGCGCUGCGUCUGCGGCGAGGGCACUCGUUGCGGCGAUCGAGAUACCCUUCGACGUCGAUGAGGCCGAACGAAGGGUAGUUGCUGCUCUUGUGAAUGAAGCGCACGAUAAAACAUCGCCGGCCGGCGGCGUGGCGACCGGCCUGGCUGUGGUAGAUCCCGUUGACACCUACAUUGCACUUGUCACAGGGCUGUCGGUGCCGUUCGGCUCAUUACCACCCUGGAGCGUGGAUGGCACGGGCGGCGAGGGCAGCGCUGCCAAUGCUCGAGAUUCACCCGCUGCACCGAUUGAUCUGGCACCUGCCAUUUUACUCAACGAGAACGUCUGUGGUACUCGCUACGUCCUUGGGGCUGAAUCAACAAGCGCGCUAGCGCAAGCAGCUGCCUCGCUAGCAACAAGCGCAGGCGACGAGCUUGGGCUAGCGAUAGAACGCGCCCGCGUCGGCGUGUUACCAGGCGGCGUGCUGGCAUUAGAAUCGGCGGCGCCGCCUUCGCUCCAGCCUCUAGUCGGCGCGACGGUCAAUGCUUCUCUUCCCUAUGCUGCGGUUAAUGUAGUACAGCAGAGGGGCGAUGCGCUCGCUAGCCAUGCUGACAGUCGCAGCGGUGGGCUUUCUUCGCGUUUCUAACAUUACACAUGGGUAACAUAUUUGUUAACAAUGAAGUAUUGUAGAUUUAUAAAAUUGAGUUUCCAAAUGCAAAGUUACCUCAACCAUUGGAAAUGGAAAUGCGUCUCUGUAACAAUUUGU